AUGCCGCCCACACCCUUUCAGCCGACUCAUCAGACACCGUUCAAAUCGACGGUGUCCACCUCGCAGCAGUCGCGCAUCCAUCACACGUCUUUCGAGGGAGCCAUUUCGAACGACCUCUCGAUCUCGAUUGCGGACAUCAACCCGGCAGAAUGGAAGUAUCACGCAGAGGGUGGCAAGAACGUCCUCCUUUCCUUCGAUCCUGCGGGGAGUUCAGCGCCAGGUCAGAGUCCGCUCGCUACUACAACCUGCACCUUCGCACUACGCAUCCCGAAGAGCCUACCGACAGAUGCAGAUACGGCUGACGACGAGGAGGAGGCGGAGCAGUUCACGCAUUCCAUAGUAGAGCCACUCCUCGGCAACCCAUCUGUUCUGCCGCGAUGCAUCAAGAUCCCGGUGAUCACAGCUCGAGACAGAGACAUCAUCGAUACACUCUCAGCACGCAUUGAGAUGCAGCGGCCUGCGACACGUCGUUCUCGCCCAGCUCGAAUUCGCUCCGAGGCGCUAUCCUGCAUCUACGCUGUCGAGGAUGUGACUGCGCCGAUUCUCGCCUCGUCGAGCUCGCAAGGCGUGUUGAGUGUGGAGAUCAAACCCAAGUGGGGCUUUCUACCGCGCAUCGACUCGCUUCCGCCCUCCUCGUCAAAUGUCGAGAUUAAGGGACGUUACUCACGGUAUCGCAUGCACAGGGUAGCCAAACACUCAGCCGCUCAGCCGAUGUCAAAGGAGCACUUCGAACAGCUGUACGAUCCGCUCGACUUGUACAGCCAAGACCCGAAGAGGAAGCAGAAGGCAGUGGCAGCGCUGUACAAAGACUGGCAGGAGACGAACGGGAAAACGAACAACCUGCGUCUGUUCUGGAACGGCGCAGUCGUGGCUCCGGACGAUCGCACCUCGUUGGCGGGGGUUGCUCAAUUCUUCGGCGUGCUUGGAGCAGAUACACUGCUUGACGCGCUGACGCAUCACAUCGUAGAAGAGCUGUCCAUGCCAACGAUGCCUGCCUUUGAGGGGGACAGCAAAGUGGACAUGCUCACCCAACUAGCCCACCUGCAAUCAGCUCUCGACCCACUCGACGUCGAAGGUCUCGCCCAGCUCUGGCUGGCACGGACACAGUCCCACGUCCUCGGCCAGUCGCCCACCGAUCUACCGCCCUCGCUCACCACCCCACUCCCGUCGUCGCAACUCUUGCCCCUUCUCCAACCAUUCCUCGACCGUAGCGCGCAGAAAGAGGUGACGCUGGAAGACGCGCUUCAAGCAUUCCUCGUCUCGGCGACGUUCAAGGACUGCUCGCUGCUCCUCCGCUUCGUGCAUACGGCAGAAGGCAAGGUGGAGGGCGAGACGAAGCUGGUCGAUCUCGACCGAAAGCCGUGGUCGAAGCUGAGCAAGAUGCAGGAGACCGAUGCGGAGGUGUGUGCGUCCUUCCUGGCGUGGUUGGCGAGUGUGGUCGGGGAGCCGGCUGCUUCUGUGCCUGUAUGA